CACAAAAUGCGGUCAAUAAAACAUGACGUUAACAAGACAAAUAGAGGCGAGAGAUCAGAGCCUCUGAUCAUACGACUAGUUGUAGAAAUAAAUUCUAUAUAUGAAACUUCAUCGAUCGGAGUUUCACCGGCAACUAAUUAUUGCUGGCGCUUGAGCGAAGUCCAUCAAUUCUUUUGUUAGAUCCAAUGAUGCUUCUGGACUGAUUUAAUAGAGGAAGCAGCAGCACCGCCAGCACGUAAAAAGUCAAAAUUUGCUCUGCCGUUCGGAUGGCUGCGGAGUCAUCAACAGACGGUCUGAUUCAACAGAGUAGUUGCUCACGCCUGUCGCACUUGAUCUCUGUAAAAAAUGAGCGUCCCCUUCGCCCACCACUUCCUCACUUUGCUCUCAACGCAAAGCCAUAGAUGUAUCGUGUGAAGAGUGGAAACUGAAUGGUCGUCGUCGUCCUCUCUUUCUCUCUAUCUCUCCGUGUGCGGAGUUUGAGAUUUGAGCGGUAGCAGAGUGAGCUGGGCGGAGGGAGCUACGAAGAAGCACGCCUCUUCUCUUUUCGAGUGCAUUAACUGGUUGAAGCUUCCUUUGUGUUCUAUCUCUGCAUUUAGCAAGAAAGAUGUGAAAUCCGCGGUUUCGUGCUACUGUUUUCACUAAAAAACUUCGAUCUCUGAGAUGUCGAUCAUGCCUCUUCAAGCAAAUCGCUUCUGGUGUGAAUCGAAGAAACUCGUGAUGCCAUUCUGGAAGUCAUAAAGCAAUUUCUUCUCCACCAUUGAUGGAUAAUCAGAAGCUCUCAGCAUCUGUCGCUCUAUUAUUCCUUCUAUUCAUAGCAAAUCCAGUCAAAUCAGACUUGACUGCUGACAAACAAGCUCUCCUUGCUUUCGCAGCUGCAAUACCCCAUGGAAGGAAACUCAACUGGAGUUCUGAUACUCCUGUUUGUACUCUCUGGGUUGGUGUGAGAUGUGCGCCAGACCAAAGCCGUGUUAUCAGUCUAAGGCUGCCUGGGGUCGGUCUCCUUGGCCCAAUUCCUGCAAACACACUUGGGAAACUAGACGCUCUUAAGGUUUUAAGCCUCAGGUCCAAUGGCCUAGCCUCAAAUAUUCCUCCUGAAGUCCCAUCAAUUCCUUCUCUGCGCUCCCUCUUCCUUCAACAUAACAAUUUAUCUGGUGACAUACCUAAUUUGCUCACACCAAACCUUACAUUCUUUGACCUUUCUUAUAACUCUUUCAUUGGUGAAAUUCCCUUAGAAAUCCAAAAUCUUACUAAGCUAACCGCAUUGUACUUACAGAACAACUCCCUAUCAGGCGCCAUCCCUGACCUUAAGCUACCAAAACUAAAGCAUUUAAAUUUGAGCUUCAACAAUCUUAGUGGGCAGAUUCCAAUCUCCCUCCAAAUCUUCCCUAAAGAGUCAUUCUUAGGAAAUUCUUUCCUCUGUGGUCCUCCACUAGACCAAUGCCCUGGAAUUUCUCCUACACCUUCUCCAUCACCAGCACCAACUACUCAACCGGCUCGCAAGAAAAGUUUCUGGAAAAAAUUGGGCAUAAAGGUUAUAAUCGCAAUUGCAGCUGGAGGUUUAGCACUACUUCUGCUUCUUGUAAUUAUUCUUUUGUUAUGUAUCCUAAGGAGAAGGGCUAGGGAAGACUACAGAUCAUCUAAAGGGAAAGGCGUUGCUGGCUCACGAGGUGAAAAGCCUUCGGAGGAGUACAGCAGCGGGGUUCAGGAAUCCGAGAAGCACAAAUUGGUAUUCUUUGAGGGAUGUUCGUACCACUUCGACCUGGAGGACCUACUGAGAGCAUCUGCUGAAGUUCUUGGUAAGGGGAGCUAUGGUACAACAUACAAGGCUGUUCUUGAGGAUGGAACCACUGUAGUUGUUAAAAGGUUGAAGGAAGUGGUGGUGGGGAAGAAGGAUUUCGAACAGCAAAUGGAGAUGAUAGGAAGGAUUGGGCAGCACCCGAAUAUUGCACCACUCCGCGCAUAUUACUAUUCGAAGGAUGAAAAACUUCUAGUCUACGACUUUGUUCCUUCAGGCAGUCUCUCCGCCAUGUUGCAUGGGAACCGAUCCAAUGGAAAAACUCCACUAGAUUGGGACUCCAGAGUGAAGAUCUCUUUAGCAGCAGCCCGUGGAAUUGCACACAUUCAUGCCGAAGGCGGUGGGAGAUUCGCCCACGGCAACAUUAAAUCCUCGAAUGUUCUAAUCACUCCGGAACAUGAUGCCUGCGUUAUCGACUUUGGCCUCGCUCCCAUCAUGAGUACAACUGCAUCCCCGUCCCGUGUCAUUGUGGGAUACCGUGCACCAGAAACCAUCGAAACCAAAAAGGUCACCACGAAAUCUGAUGUAUACAGCUUCGGAGUCCUGCUGCUUGAGAUGUUGACUGGAAAAGCUCCGAUACAAUCACCGGGGCGUGAUGAUGUGGUUGAUCUGCCUCGAUGGGUUCAAUCUGUAGUCAGAGAAGAAUGGACUGCUGAAGUGUUUGAUGUGGAGCUGAUGAGGUAUCAGACUAUAGAAGAAGAACUGGUUCAGGUGCUCCAGAUUGCGAUGGCCUGUGUUGCGAGAGUUCCGGAGCAACGUCCUAAGAUCGAGGAGGUGAUAAGAAUGAUCGAGGAGUUCCGGCAGUCUGACUCAGAGAACCGACCUUCGUCGGAUAAAUCUAAGGAUUCUGUUACUCCUACACCUUGAGAGAUCCAGAAGUCUACAGCAGAUUGAUUUAUGAUGGUUUUCUUUGAUCUUUUUAUUUCAUGUAUUAUUAUUAUUUUUUGUGUAGAAUUGGUGAAAAAUGUUUUCCUUUGCCUAACCAUUUCUUUUAAAUUUAGGCUGCACAUUUGAUGUAAUCAUCUUC